AAUUUUCUGCAUGGCACAGCGGCUGCUUUCAGAUCUGCAUCCCUCCUCCUCCAGCAGCCUGUUCUCUUAUCAGCAGCAGGUAUCAGGGUGCCGUGGUUGAGGAUAUGAGGGACCAUUGCUCUGAGGAUGUUGUGCUGCCCUGGGAACACCCACCCACUGCAUCUGCAGCCCAUAGGAGCUGGGACCAGGACAGUGAAGUUCAGGCAGGACCCCAGGAUCACCUCGUGCAGGGAUCUGCUGCCAGAGGACAGCUGGAGAAAGAUGGAGACAGACCAUGGCUGGGCUCAAAGCAAGACCAGGUGGACCACCCAAGGCCUUCUCUUUGGGGCCAAAGCUGCUUGCUCCUGCUAACCUGAAUUUCUCCUUCCAGGACCAGCAAACACCUUCUGCAAGUUAUCCUUGCUCUCCUCAAUCAUCACCAGGGCCUAGGGGAAUCCUGGGGGAGUCCCUCACUCAGCCAUGUGCCCUCUGCCCAUGAGUACCCACCUGGCUCUGCCAGCCUGUCUAGAUGUGAUGCUUCCUUGGACCUAUCACCCCUGCUCUCUCCCUCCUGCCUGUUCCCCAACCCCGCCCCUUCCCCCUUCCCUCUCAUCAUCCCUCUCUCUCAUUGCCUGGGCAUCUGGAUCUGGGGCAUCCCUCUCCUAGCAGAGCCCCAAUCCCAGAGCACCCCGCAGAUCUGCCUGUGGGGUCCUGUCUGUCCAGGGAGACCGAUUUCUUCCAGCUCAGCUCCAGCUCUCUUAUCUCUCCUCCCUGGUCUGCACACUUUGCUCUGUGGCUGGGGUGAGUAGGAGCAACAGACCCCAUCCUGCCUGGGCUGAGCACCCACGCAGGUGCUGGACACACAGGGCAGAGGGCCCCAAAGCAGGCAGCAGGCAGCUGCAGGCAGCAUAUCCUAGUGGGGCCCCAAGAGUUAAAUUGUCAUGUAUUCAGGGCCAUGCGCUGGCCAGGAAUUACACUUUUAUCGGCAUGCGGUGCUGCUGCCACUUGAAUUGGGACUGGGAACUCUAUUUCCGAGCUCACCCAAAUUAUUCUCGAAGAGAUAAAGUGCGGUGCAGAGCAGCGCCGGCGCUUCAUUAACAUUCCCCAGCCCAUUCAGCUUUAAACGAAGAUUGCCUGCCUCGGAAAAUGAUAAAAUUGAACAUGUGAAGCAGGGCAUUAUGUUCCAUCAGCCGAUAUUAUUUCCCACGCAGGGGCCGAGUGGAGACACAAACAGCUAUUUAUGCAGUACCUGGCCAAGCCAGGGUGGCUUGGGAGGGGGAAGCAGGCAGUGGUGGGGACACAGGAUGGGUGGCAAGGGCCCCCCACCCAUCCCUGUGCAUAAGAGGGGCUGCCUGCAUGUUGCCAAGGGCACUCUGCCCUCCUCGGGGUUCCCAGGCUUGUGCCCAGGGUGCAAGGUGGGUCUGGGGCCACAGACCUGCUCCAUGCAUUGAGUGUGGAAAGGGGCUCAGGGGUGUGUGUGUUCCCAUGGGCAGCACUGGCGAGGCUGGGGCAUCUCCCUCUGCUGCCCUGCUUCAGGAAUGUGUGUCCCCUGCUAGGGCUGAGCAAGUGGGGUGCUGGCUUCAGAUGCAGGAUGGCGUCCCGCCUCCUGUGGCUGGGUGCUGGGCCAGUGGGAUUGAGGAGCAUCCACAGAGAGGGAGCAUGUGCCUCCCCAGAGGCAGGCUGGGAGGGCUGAGUGGGCUGGGAGGGCUGAGCAGGCAGGCCCCCGGGGCUGCGAUUGGAUUUUGCUUGGCCAUGCUGAGCCUAUCGAUCCAGUAGUAAUUAAAGUCGCUCCAAAACCUGACUCAUAUUCAACCUUGGGAAGAAGGAGCUUCUCUGAGAAACACCCUCUGUUCCCCAUGGUCUGGCAUAGCAUGGAGCAAAGCCUUGCCAGGGUGCUUCCAGCCCCUCCCAGCCUCCUGAUGGUCUCUGUCCCAAAGGGGGACCGUGCCUUAGGACUGUCUGGGGUCCAGGCAGCAGCACCCAUCAGGCAGUAUCCUAGCCAGUGUCCCUGGUACCACACAACCUCAGCUGCAAAUGCUGAUUAAGUUCAGCCCUUGGAGUGACACAGACCCUAUAGCUAUUUUAUGGAUCCUGGCUAUUUUCUCACCAAGUGCCUGAGACAUCCCUGACAUGUAGUAGUACUCGCCCACAGCCCUUUAUUGUCACUGUCUAGACUCUGGUUGAGGGACUGGCACAGGGAGAGGAGCCUGUUGAGCCCACAGCCACUCCCAAGAGACACCGAGGUGCUGGGGUGGACCUGGUGCUAUGUGUCCACGGGCUGCAAUACCUCUUCUCCCAGUCAGAGUCACCCGGGGAGGUGUGCAGGCCCGCGAGGAGUCUGCGAGGUGUUUGUGUGUCUUUGUAUGUGUGCGUGUGUCUGUGUGUGCAGGGACUUGCACGCCCAGCCUUGCCGCCAGCCCCGCUGCUAUUCCCGGUAUUCGUAGCAGGUCGGGACAGGCACCGGAGAGGGGGAGCUGCAUUUCACCGGCGCCCCCCGCACCCUGCCCGGACCCUCCCGCGAGAAAGCAGGGCCGCCAGGGCCCGGGGGCUGCGGCAGGGAGGGGGCGCGGGGCCGGGGGCAGCCCUGGGGACCCCCCGAGCAGGGGACCCGCGGGCAGAGCACGGGCAACGCGGGCAGCGACGGGGCUUUGCGGCGGGGAGGUGGCUCCAUCUGCAGGACAAGGACCAGGCCGGGAGAGCCGGUGCGGGGGAUCCCCGCCGCCCCCGCCCGCCGCUCUGUAUGCGGGGCACAGCGCUGGGGGACAGCGGACAAGGACAUCGGCUCCUCCGGCCCCACCCGCGCCGUUCCCGGGAUGCGGGCAUGGGGAAAUGGGGAAAUGGUGCCCUCUCCAGCACCCCUGCACCCCCAGUGCCUCCCGCGCCCUGUGGUCCCUCCGAUGCCCCUGCACCCCCCCGAGCACCGAGCACCCACUGCCCCUGCACCCCUUAAGGGCUCUCAUCAGGUACACCCAGCGCCUGGGCAUCCCCCGCCCCCGAAGGCGACCCUCACCCUGCUCCGCAACCCUGCAGCCAGUGCUGCCACCCGCACCCCAGGGCAUCCCACGCCCUAAGAUCCCGAGAAUGCCCCACCGCGCCAGCAGCCGCCGAGCUGGCGGGUCGGACCCCGGUGGCGGCGGGAGGCGGAGGCGGGGCCGGGACGGGCUCCACCCCGGCCCCCGGCCCCCCGGCCCACAUAGGCCGGCCGGGAGGGCCCCUUGCCCCCGAGCCUGCGCCGUCUCGGGGGCCUACGGAGGAUCCCAGCGGUCGGAGGAGAGCGUGGGGCAGGAGCUGCGGGUGGAUAGUUGGAAAGGGGGUGCCUGGCUACCGGCCCCGUCCCAUCCCGGGCGGCGGGAUGCUACGGCAGCGUUGCGGGCAGCUCCUGGCCCGGUUGGAGCACGGGCUGCAGCUCCUGGAGCUCGGCGGCAGCGUGGAGGAAGACUACAUCCGGAUCGCUCGGUGCUUUGAGGCGACGCGCCAGAGAUGCUGCCGGCUGGAGAAGGAUGGGCGUCGUGCCCGCGAGCAGCUGGCCCGUGUGGAGGCCGAGCGGGCAACACUAGAGGUGAAGCUCAAGCACGCCCGAAACCAAGUGGAGGUGGAGAUGAAGAAGCGGCACCGGGCAGAGGCUGAGCUGGAAAAGCAGGAGCGCAAACUUCAGCUGGUCCUUGAGUUGCUGAUGCGGGAGCCAUGGGGCAACGAGGCACUGAGCAGGGAGCAGUGCUCUGUUCUCAGUGCCCUGACUGGCCGGCGCCUUGGGGCAGCCUUGGCACCCGUCAGGAGGUCAUCUGCAGUGGACGAGUCGUGCCAGUCCCUCCUGUCCCACUCGGAUAUCAGCUAUGACCGCACUGAAGAUGACGUGGAUGUUGAUAUGACGGUGGUGCGGACCCUGAAGCGCAAAGUUACGGAGAGGCAGCGUGUGUCCCUGGCCCCUCAGGUUGGCCCUGUGGUGAUGGCAAAGCGGCACCGUUCUUCUGUGGUAGCCCACAAUGCCGUGAGUGUCCCCUCUAUGCCCCCUCCUGCUGAGGUCCCAGGCUCUGCUGACAGCCUCCUGCCUGCUGUUCUGGUGCCACAACGCCGCUCUCGCCAGGGACAUCGUGUCUCCACACGUGCAGGUCUCCCUCCACUGCCUCCUGCCUCUGCAGAGCUGACCACGGUGUGGGGCACCAAUGAAGAUCUGGGCUGCCAUGCUGCGGGGCAGGAGAGCCACACUGAGGGCAGCUCAGUGGGGCAGCCAGAACCAGCCCCCUUCCCCUCACCUCCACAGAGCCUCCCACCAGUCCAGCACAAGUUCACCUCCAAAACAGUGAUCCGCCCUGAGCCAUGUGGUGUCUGUGGUUCCCGCAUCCGCUUUGGGAAGACUGCCAUCAAGUGCUGCCAGUGCCAGCUGCUGCUGCACGCCAAGUGCCGGGAGCAGUGCCCCAGCCUCUGUGUACCCAGGCCUCACCACCACGCCUGGCCCCGUGAGGGUGUGCUGGCUGACUUUGCGCCCUCCACGCCGCCCCUGGUGCCCACGCUGGUGGUGCAGUGUGUGACCGAGGUGGAGACACGAGGCUUGACAGAGACAGGCCUGUACCGAGUGCCAGGCGCAGAGCAGCUGGUGCGGGAGUGGAAGCGGAAGCUGCUGAGGGCUGGGGGCGUGCUGCCUGCCCUCAGCAGCGUGACUGACAUCCAUGUGGUGUGUGGGGUGCUCAAGGACUUUCUGCGGGGGCUCAAGGAACCAUUGGUCACCUUCAGCCUCCACCCUGCCUUCCUGAGGGCUGCCGACAUCCCCGAUGAUGCUGCCAGUGACACAGCCCUGCGCCAUGUGGUGAGCAAGCUGCCCCCAGCCAACAGGGAUACCCUGGCUUUCCUCAUGCUGCACCUGUUCAGGGUGUCGCAGAGCCCCGACUGUAAGAUGGAUGUGCUCAACCUGUCCCGCGUGUUUGGCCCUACGCUGGUGGGACACAGCUCAGCCAACCCCACACCACUCGCCAUCAUGGAGGACACGCCACGACAGUGCAAGGUGGUGGCUCGUCUCCUUUCACUGCCACCCAGCUUCUGGAGAGGCUUUGUGGGGACAGAGCAGGAGAACCUGGUGCCAAUACCAGCCCCGAGGCGUGAAUGUGAACCGUUCUUCCAGCCCAUUGCCUCCCCGGAGCCCAAGCCAGGCCAGCUGAGCCCAGCUGGCACCUGCUGCCUCCCCAGCACCCUGCGGAGCUGCGUGGGCACGGCCACCCGGCCCCCGCAGGGGCCGGCCCCGAGGAAGGUGGGCCGGUUCUUCCCUUCUCCUGUGUAGCCUGCAGCAGUGGCUCCCUUGAGACACGGAGCCAGCACUGGAGGGAGGAGUGAGGACUGCGGGACCGGCAGCUGCCUGUGGGGUGACAGUGCCGAGCUCAAAGCUCUGCUCUGCUUCCCUGGGGACUGGGGAGCAGAGCUGGCUCUGUCCAGCUGUGGUGGCAGGGACACUGCCCUAAUGCUGUACCUUGAAUCAGGUUUGUAUUAAAUGUUUG